ACUGUGGCAGGAGAGACUGGAUGCAUCGCACCGUGGAGCAGCUGGGGGGCCGUGCUGGGCGGGACCCUUUUGCUGUCGGCAACCUGGGCUGCAGCGGGCCCUGGAGCGCAUGCCAUUCUCGCCCGUGGCUCCCGGGCGGCAGGUGCUCCGCCAGUGUCGGCCAGCCGCAGCUGCCCCCGCACCUGCCGCCCAACCAUGGCGCUAACAUGGGGCAACACAGCAAAGGCUAUUACCCCCCGGGGAACCUGCCCCCCCGCCCCUUGCAUGGGAAGCUGGAGGUCAUCCACGCCUGCGUCCAGGCCCUGCUGCGGGACCAGGGGCAGCCCCAGCUCUGGGAGCAGCUGGGCGAAGUCUAUGAGUCCGAGCAGAACUCCGAGGAGGCCAUGCGCUGCUACCAGAACGCGGCCCGCUACCAGCGCGACUACGGCGGCUACGAGGAGAUGCACGCCCGGAUCGGGCGCCUGCAGCAGGCUCAGCUGUGGAAUUUCCAUUCUGGGUCGUCUCAUCACCGAGCCAAAGGGUUGCUACCUCCGCUUCAGCAAGUCUGGAACCUCCUGCACCUCGAGAAGAGGAACUUCUCGGCCAAGCGCAACCCCCAGCUGAAGCGGCCCGGCCCACCGAUGGAGCCCCCCGUGGUCCAGCCCAUCCCCCCCGUCCAGCACCCGCCCCACCCAGGGCACGGCGAGGAGCUGCCCGCCCCCAUGAAGCGACGGAGGAGCACCAGCCCUGACCAGAGUGGGAAUGGGGUCAGCCAGCAUCUCCCCGGGCUGGGCCUCCUGGGCACCCCCCACUACCAGCUGCCUAAGCCGGGAUUGUGGAACCCGCUCCACGGAGACUCAUGGGGGCAGGAGCGCAAGAACGUGGCUGCCCCAGAGAGACAAGAGCAGAGGAACUCGGUGGCUCACCCCUUCCCGUACCCGUCCCCCGCUUACGGAUCCCACCCGCCCCCGCACCGCCCCCCGGCCGUCGCGCCCAGUCCCCGCACGCCGCCGGCUCACCGCCCGCCCCUGGAGAGCCACGGCUGCCUGGCCCGGCCCAACGGAAGUGACCUUAGAGACGGCCGAGCCGCCCGGGCGCGCCCAGAACCCACCGCCACACCAGCAACUGUUGCCUGCGUGCCUUACGCCCCGCGCCCGGCCCCGGCCCCGGCCCCGGCAGGGCCCCCCGCCACCAGCAAGAGCACCUCGCGGGGGCAGCCGGCCCCGGACAGCCUUGGUCCUGACCAGUACCAAACACCGGCCUUGGAGCAGCCCAGCCCCACGGCAGAGAGCGGGGAGGGCAAGCCAGCCCCACUGCCCCGGCCAGCGCCCUCCUGCCUCGCCCCCCGCCCCCCCCCGCCCCCCUACCCAAAACCCCCGGCCCCGCCGGCGGCGCCCCCCGCCACGGAGGCCGCCCCCGACCGCCUCUUCGGCUUUGCCAGCCCCCCCCUCGAAGACCAGUUCGAGGAGCCCUCCGAGUUCUCCAAGAUCCUGCCCGACGGGCUGGCGAACAUCAUGAAGAUGCUGGAUGAGUCGAUCCGGCGGGGGGAGGAGGAGCGCGAGGAGAGCUUCCCCCCGCCGCCCCCGCCCGCCCCACUGCUCCCCAGCCCCCCGCCCCUGGCCAGGCCCAAGCCGCCCCCGGCCUCCACCGGCUCCUUCGACUUCCCCAAGCCGCCCGGCCAGGAGCCCCCGGAGCCACCCUGCCUGUACCGGUUCGGCAAGCGGGACGCGGAGGAUCCCCCCCCCAGCAGCACCACCUCCCUGCUGAAGUCUCUGGCCAGCGUGCUGGAGGGGCAGAAGCACUCCUACCGGCCCAAGCCUCUGCCCCCACCGGGAGCGAAGCCCCCUGCCCCGGGCGGCCCGGGCGCCCUGGCCCACUUCUCUACCUCAAGCCGAGCCUGGGCCGGAGGGGCCGGGGCGCUGGGGGAGCGCGUGGCCACCCCCCCGCCCCCGCCCGCCCCGCGGCCCGUCAAGAGCGCCUCGGAGGUCCUGGAGGAGAUCAGCCGUGCCUGCGAGACCCUGGUGGAGCGGGCCGAGCGGGAGAGGAGCCCGCCCCCCCCACCCCCGGGGGCCCCCCCCCCGGCCCCGCCCCCCCGCAAGCGGGACCGCGAGCACCGCCGGCACCGCCGCUCCGGCAAGGACGGCUCCCGGCGGCACCGCGACGGCAAGGCCCACAAGGAGAAGAACCGGCAGAUCCUGGGCAGCCUCGACGUGCAGAGCAGCGAGACCCAGGCCCGCGAGAACGGGGCCAAGCCCCCGCCCCCGCCCCCCGCGGCCCCCCAGCCCGAGCGCAAGCCCCCCGGGAAGAAGGAGGAGGGCUCGGCUGGGGGCGGCCCCGCCGUUGUGUGCUCGGCCGACCUGCUCAAGCUCCGCUCCUUCACGGAAGGGCCGCCGAAGGAGCUGAAGAUCCGCCUGAUCAAGGUCGAGAGCGGCGACAAGGAGACCUUCAUUGCCUCCGAGGUGGAGGAGUGGCGCAUCCCGCUGCGAGAGCUCACCAUCAGCCACUCGGCCGCGGAGGUCGUGCGGGCCUGCAAGAGCACCAAGGUGAAAGGGAAGUUCAAGGAGUCAUACCUGUCGCCCACCCACUCGGUCAAGCCGCAGAUCAAAGUGGACGAGAAGCUCCCCCGGGACAAACUCAGCCCCCCGACCCCGAGCAUCUAUCUGGAGAGCAAACGGGACGCUUUCUCGCCGGUGCUGCUGCAGUUCUGCACCGACCCCAAGAACCCCAUCACCGUCAUCCGGGGCUUGGCCGGAUCGCUCCGCCUCAACCUGGGCCUCUUCAGCACCAAGACCCUCGUGGAGGCGAGCGGUGAGCACGCGGUGGAGGUGCGCACGCAGGUGCAGCAGCCCUCGGACGAGAACUGGGACCUGUCGGGGGCCAAGCAAGUCUGGCCCUGCGAGAGCAGCCGGUCGUACACCACCAUCGCCAAGUACGCCCAGUACCAGGCCGCCUCCUUCCAGGAGUCCCUUCAGGAAGACAAGGAAACGGAUGACGAGGAAGCCGACGAACCAGACAGCACCACAGAAACGCCUCCCAGCAAUCCCGACCAGAAGCCGCACCAGAUUAUCAAGUUUGGGACCAAUAUCGACCUCUCCGAUGCCAAGCGAUGGAAACCGCAGCUGCAGGAGCUGCUGAAGCUGCCGGCUUUCAUGCGCGUCACGUCGACGGGGAACAUGCUCAGCCACGUGGGCCACACCAUCCUGGGCAUGAACACGGUGCAGCUGUACAUGAAGGUGCCCGGCAGCCGCACGCCAGGCCACCAGGAAAACAAUAACUUCUGCUCUGUGAAUAUCAACAUUGGGCCGGGGGAUUGCGAAUGGUUUGCGGUCCACGAACAUUACUGGCAGAGCAUCAGUGCCUUCUGUGACAGGCAUGGUGUGGACUACCUGACUGGCUCAUGGUGGCCCCUCCUGGAAGACCUUUACCAGUCCAACAUCCCCGUGUACCGCUUCAUCCAGCGCCCCGGAGACCUGGUGUGGAUCAACGCCGGGACAGUGCACUGGGUCCAGGCCACCGGGUGGUGUAAUAACAUCGCCUGGAACGUCGGCCCGCUGACAGCUUAUCAGUACCAGCUGGCGCUGGAGCGGUAUGAGUGGAACGAGGUGAAGAAUGUCAAGUCCAUCGUGCCCAUGAUCCACGUCUCCUGGAACGUGGCCCGCACGGUCAAGAUCAGCGACCCCGACUUGUACAAAAUGAUCAAGUACUGUCUGAUGCAGUCGAUCAAGCACUGCCAGGUGCAGCGAGAGAACCUCGUGCGGUCCGGCAAGAAGAUCGCCUACCAGGGCCGGGUGAAGGACGAGCCGGCGUACUACUGCAAUGAAUGUGACGUGGAGGUGUUCAACAUUCUCUUUGUGACAAGCGAAAAUGGCGGCAAGAACACCUACCUGGUGCACUGCGAGGCGUGUGCUCGCAAGCGGAGCGCGUCCCUGCAUGGCGUCGUGGUGCUGGAACAGUACAAGACGGAGGAGCUGAUCCACAUAUACGACAGCUUCACCCUGUCUGCAUCUCCGAGUUCAAGAUGAGCCAUACCGUGCCUGGACAUGGAUGUCUGGGCUCCUUCGCUCCAAGCUGGCCUCCCCCCGCUUGCCGUGAAUGUGGUGGAGGGGGCGCUAGCCUGCCCCCCGUCCUCCGUCAGUAGCAGCUGAGCCUUCGAUCGCCACCCGUUCACGGGACUCACGCCUGCCCUGAGCUGGGGCGACACGGGCCUGGUGCACCAGACGUUCCCCCCACGGACCCUUCUUAAUUUAUUCUUCAGAACGGACCUUCUUUUUCCCUCGGUGGUGCUGAUUUUGUAUUAAAAAAGGAAAAAUAAACUGAAUCAAAAUGACCAUGAGAACAGGAAGGGCAGCAAAAUCGAGGGGAAAGACACGGCAGCCUCUCUGGACUUGACGGGAGCGUGUCUGUCUGCCCGUUUGGUGUCCGACUCCCACCGUGCCUGCUUCCCCUUGGACAAGGAUCGGGGCCUUCAAUGAACAGAGAAAAGAGGAGAUCAGUGCAUUUCCUUCUUCACAAGAGCAUUAAUUUUUGUCUCUCUCGCUGGGGAGGAGAACAAAGUGCGGACCGAGAGGUGGCUGUUAAUUUGCGGUGUGUGGAUUUGUGUUUUUUUUUCCUUUUAAUUACAUUUUUUCUUGUUGGAAAUUUAAAAGAAAAAAGAAAGAGAGUUUGGAAAACAAAAACGCAAGCAAGCAAAAAAAUUAAUACGGGUUUCUUAACACAGGACUUUUAUGGGUUCAGUUCUCUGGGGCGAACUUCUUGCUGGGAGGGGGGACAGUGUACAUGGAUUUAUAUAUAUUGGCGGGCGGGCCGGGGACAAUUUGCGCGUGUGGUUUUUAAUUAUUCUGAUGGACAUUUGAUUUCUUACAUCCUUUUAUAUAUUAUAUAUAUAAAUAUAAGAAAAAAAUCUUGGUUUGUAUUAGAAACUGCUUUUAAAAACAAAAACACAAAACGUUAAAAAAAACCGAGUCCAGUCGAGGUGGUUGUGCGACGCGCAGGAUGGGCCCCGUGCAGCGGGUUGGAAUGGCAAGCCCUGCGCGAAGGGAGUGGUGCUCGCCCCAGAUCAGACACACGGGUAGGUGGGAAGCUUUUUCGUUUUGCAAGAAGGAGGACGGGGCUUAUUUCUCCCUGCCCACUUCACCCCCCCCCCCGCCAGUUGGGCAGUGGGCAGUCUAACAAGGAGCCCCCUCCUCUGUUAAAGACCCUUAAGACUGCCCCAUGAAGCUUCAUCGUUGGCCAACAAAAUCGUUCAGACCUCUGCCUUUGAACCUUUACUUUUCCUUGUGGAAUCUGCCGCCCCUUCCUUCUGAAAUGCAGCUUUGCAGUUCUCACUCCCACUGGGUUGAAAAUAUCAGCAAGAAUAAAUGUUCUCAGAUUUGGGGUAAUUUUUCUUUCCCCACUAACUUUUUAAAUGUGUACCUCCAUGCCUCAGAACUGUUUUGUAAACCCUCCCUCCCUCCCUCUUUCGCACUCUCUAAUUUAUAUGUCUAUUUUUGGUAAUGAUUUCUCUAUUUAUUGGUCCUUUAUUGGGGUUUGAUCCAACUUUUCCUUCAUCUUGUUUUAAAAAUAAAUUUUACAAUGUUGUUGUA